GCCAUGGCAGCGAAGGUUUGGGGACGGUGCUUCCCUUGGGUGUGGCUCUGCAGGAGCGCCUGGCCCGGCGGCCGCCACUACCGCGCCGCGCGGUGCGCCGAGUUGAAGCGGCCCCUGGCCAUUGAGGAGGUCGCCCCCCGCCCCGUCCGGCCUCACGAGGUCAGAGUUGAUGUCCAUUUCUGUGGAGUUAACUUUGCUGAUAUUUUGGUUUGCCGUGGUCAGUAUCAGGAAAGGCCCCAUCUUCCCUUCACCCCUGGAAUGGAGUUUUCUGGGACAGUGUUGGAGACAGGCACAGAUGUCAGCACAGUUAAAGAGGGAGAUCGAGUUAUUGGAGUGAGUGGCUUUACUGGUAUGGCUGAAGAAUGUGUCAUUGACCAGAAGGCGCUGUGGCAGAUUCCAGAAGGGGUCCCCCUCCGGGAAGCUGCUUCCCUGCCUGUAUCUUACGGUACUGCUAUUAUGGCCCUGGAGCAUCGGGCAUGUACCCAGCCUGGAGAAACUGUUCUAGUGACGGCGGCCGCUGGAGCCACAGGCCUCGCGGUCAUAGACGUGGCGACACAUGUUCUUCAGGCCAAGGUAAUAGCUGCCGCCGGAAGUGACGAGAAGUGCAGGCUGGCCGUGGAGCGGGGCGCACAGGCCAGUGUGAACUACAGUCAGGGCAGCCUGAGGGACGCAGUGACGGAGCUGGUGGGCAGUGGCGGGGUGAAUGUGGCCAUCGACACCGUGGGAGGAGACAUCUUCCUGGAGGCUCUCCGCAGCCUGGCAUGGGAGGGCAGGAUUGUAGUGGUGGGCUUCGCUGGAGGAAACAUCGCUUCUGUGUCAGCCAACCUCCUGCUCCUGAAGAAUAUCUCAGCCAUGGGGGUGUACUGGGGCCGGUACCGAGACCAGAACUUCCCCGUCUUCUCCAGGAGCCUGUCCUCGGCUCUUCAGUACUGCCAGGAGGGCCGCAUCCAGCCGCACAUCGGAGUGGUUUUUAAGCUGGAGGAGGUCAAUGAUGCCUUCCUUCACGUGAUACAGCGCAAAUCCACGGGCAAGGUGCUCAUCUCCCUCAAAUAAAUCCUCACUCAGCAGCAGACUCAGCAUGUGUGAAUCCAAACGCAUAAUCUUUCUGAAAACCUGAUUUCCCUCCUGUAUUUCUGAAGGUGUUACCACUUUCCUUACUAAUUCAGGUUCAACAUCUUUGAGGGUCACCUCUGAAUCUUUCCUCUUAUUCCUCAUAGUUAGUGUGAUCAUGUACUUUACUGUCCAAACUUGGACCUGUCUGAGAGAGAAAGGACCUUGUUAGGAAUUGCACCAGGAAAACAGGUGUCCUCCGCAGCCCGGGAUGCGGGUGUAGGGUCACCCAUUCAGAAUGCGUCAGUGGCCAGGUUCUGUCAUCCCCACCAAUAAGACAGUGCGCACCUCCAUAUCCUCUUUUCCAUUUGACUAAUUAAGUCUUAUCUGCUAAUUCAGAGUGAAUUAGCACUGGCUUUCCUACCUUUAAACUCUACCCCACGCCCACACACUAAUCUUUGUGAUACAUUAUUGCCACAGUUACCUUCCCAAAGCACAGCUACGACUAUGUCUCAUCUUAGGAAACCUGCAAUGGCUCACCAUUGUCUACAUGGUGGCAUUCACACUCCUUGAGACUGCACUGUGAUUCCCUGCCCCUCCUCCGCUCUGCUCGCGUUCCCUCCCUUAUCUUGUCCAGCAUGAGCCGUCCUGACCUGCAAGACUGUUUGCAGUGAGCCUGCCGCUCAGGAGGGUGGUCAUCUCUUGCCUUCCCUUCCCGUAGCUUCUCCCCAGGAAUUCUCACAUUUUGCCUCGCUCCGAAGGGAGCGGCAUGCCUGCUGGAAUAGACACAGGAUCAUGAAUCCAAGAGUUGGAGGAGGUUCCUUCAGGUCUCUGAGCCUUCAUCUUUGCACUAUUUUGUAGAUGUGUCAUCUACCUCACAAGGUGGUGAGUGGUACAUGCAGUGAUCGGGCAAAGCGACGAGCACAUGCAGCAAUUAGCAGACGCUAGUCACUUUCACUUCUUUCUGUUCUACCUUCCCAAGUAGUGUAAGCUCCUCGAGAGCAGGUGCCACCUCGAAUCCCCCUUCGUACCCCCACAGUACCUAGCACAGUGAGGUACCCUUGGUUAAUAAUCAAUAAAUUGAAUUGAAUUUGAAUUUUCUGCAUGUCUUAAAUUGUAAAA